AUGUCGGCAGGUGACUGGAGCGCAGAAACGGGAGAAAGUGCAAUUCCGCUUACGGAGAAUGGAUUAAUUUUGCAUCGUCAAGGCAGCAAGUUCUUUAAAAGGUGGCGGCUGGUGUACUGUGCCAUUGUCAACGGCGAGUUGCGCCUGUCUACAGGUCCCACGAGCACGCCCUACGUCCACCUCAAGCUGUUCGGCUGCCACAUCGAAGCCCAGUCCAAGAAGCGGUUCGGUUUCACCAUAACGGUACGUGAAGUUACUCAUGAUAGAGAUUAG